GAAGAUUUCAUUACUUUUUUAUAUAAUGUAUUCAGUAAAUUUGAUGUUUUAUUUUAAUCCAGACUUCUUCCAUAUAAAUAAUUCUGUGUGACGGAGUUGGAGUUGCAUUCAUCUUGAUGUAUUAAUUAAGCAUUCGGCAGCAGAUUUGGGUAUGGAGGCUCUGAGGGGGUUUUUGACAUUAGCUGACAUUUCUUUUCAUCGUCUCACCUCCUGCUUGUUGGUGAGACAAUGACACUGUCGAAUCUACCCACCUGUUUUUGCAACACAAUUUUUUUUCUUUUUCCUUUCUAUUUCUAUUUUCCCCACACUUUUAUUUAACUGGAAUUAAAUUUUUGAUCCACACCAACAAUUGAACUAAUAAAAACCAAAUAUUUUUCCUUAAAACCUGCUUCAAAACCGGUUUAAUAAAGAAAUAAAUGAGUUUUUUUCUCCUUAACCAAAUAAUACUCAGUUCACAAGGCACGUCUGAAGGGCUCAGACUGUGCACCUCCCAGCACUUCUCUCCCAUGCGAGUCCUGUGUUCUUUCUGUCAUCUAUAAAUGCUGCAGUAGUUUCUGCCUGUCAAGCGUGCCGCGCGGAUAUGCAGCGUUUCACUUAGGGAUGCAGGAGCGCUGCUUUCAGCUCUCAAACAGGAGGAUUUCUAUUGCAUAAAUACCGGACAUCUGGACGGACAGAAGGAAGGAUUAAAGUUCAAAAAUAGCACUUUGAAGGGUCUCACCAUGACAGAACGUCUAGUUUUUAACUCCAGCGAGGAGGACUGGAACCCCGAUAAUUCCUCAGUCCUGCAGAAAAAGCCUUUCAUCCACCAGAAUGUCACCUACGUGGACUUCUACCUCCACAAACCCUCGGUGGCUGCGGUCUUCACCGUCUCCUACCUGCUGAUCUUUGUGGUGUGCAUGGUGGGAAACAGCGUGGUGUGCUUCAUCGUGCUCCGCAGUAAGAACAUGCGCACCGUCACCAACCUGUUCAUCCUGAACCUUGCCAUCAGCGACCUGCUGGUGGGCAUCUUCUGCAUGCCGACCACGCUGCUGGACAACAUCAUCACAGGAUGGCCGUUUGGCAGCAUUGUAUGCAAGCUAAGUGGGAUGGUUCAAGGGAUAUCCGUGUCAGCUUCUGUGUUCACGCUGGUUGCCAUAGCAGUUGACAGGUUUCGCUGCAUCGUCUACCCGUUCAGACAGAAGCUGACUAUCGGCACCUCAAAGAUGAUCAUCGUCAUCAUCUGGGUUCUGGCCUUCUUCAUCAUGUGUCCGUCGGGGGUGAUGCUGCAGGUCACAAAAGAGCCAACAGUACGAAUAGUUGUGGACCGCAGCAGCGAGACCCGCCCCUUCUACUGGUGCCGGGAGAACUGGCCCAGCCAGGAGAUGCGUAAAAUCUACACCACCGUCCUUUUUGCUAACAUCUACCUCGCCCCUCUGAGUCUCAUCGUCAUCAUGUAUGCCCGUAUUGGUUUUACCCUCUUCAAGACCACCAUUCCUCCCACGAGAGGCAGUGGAUCUGGAGAGGGCAGCGGCGCCAACAAACUGAGCGUGGACGGUCGGCAAACAAUUUCAAGAAAGAAGAAGCGGGUGAUCAUGAUGCUUGUGGUCGUUGCGCUGCUCUUCGUUUUGUCUUGGCUGCCUCUGUGGACUCUGAUGAUGCUGAGCGACUACGCCCGCCUCACUGAGCACCAGUAUCGCGUCAUCAAUAUCUAUGUGUACCCCUUUGCUCACUGGCUGGCCUUCUUCAACAGCAGUGUCAACCCCAUCAUCUACGGCUUCUUCAACGAGAACUUCCGCAGAGGCUUUCAGGCGGCUUUCAAGUUCCAGCUUUGUUCCAUCGAUAUCGUGCGCCAGAAGACCUUCUCCCAUCGGAUCCGGGGGAACGCGGUGCUCCCGGUCCAGUCUGCCAACAGCAACAGGCCUGGCGCCGGAGCUGGAUCAGUGUUAGUACAAAAUGGAAAGUGCUCGUGUAAAGAGGGAGACUCUUUGGUAAGACAAAACAACGACAGAGAACAAGACGUGAUCAUGGAGGAUUUGGAAAAAGUGUCACAGAUUUAGGAACUGUGACAGAAAAUCUGCUAUUGAGGCCUCAGUGACUGUGCCAGUAAAAAAGAAAAAGUAAAGUUUUUCAUGUUUGUUCCAAGUGAAUGUCCUUUUCUAGUUGAUGGAAGCCAACAUCUUAAAAGCUUGUUUCAAACAAAAAAAAAUCUGUAUAAAUGUAGUAAUAAUAGCAUAAAAGCUUUUAACAAAGCAACUGUUUCCAUAAAGCAGCCUUGGUUCUGAUGAUUUUCUUAAAUAACAAAAAAAAAAAACUAGUGACAUCCAAAGUAGCCAUGGCAACAGCAGUCAGGUCUCCAUGAACACCAAGACAAAAAAGCAAGAGAAAGAAACACUCACAGAGGCACAAUGUUCCCAAAUUUAAAGUGUUCAAAGUUGACAGCAAAUUCAGCCAAUAAUUACAGACACUGUGUUUUUUUUUAAAUGUUUGUUUUUCUAUUUAAUUAAAUCUACGAGGUCACUUGUUUUGCAUCAUUCAAUAAAAGUUUGAACAGCUUUUAAUUAUUUUUUUAUGAUGUGAAAAUUUUGAAAAUUAUAAGCUGUCUGCAGCUUAUACAUACAGACACCAGUUCUCUUGCUUGUAACUCAAUUAAUUAACUCAAUUAAUUAUCUACCGUGGCAACCAAUGUUUACGUUUGUCUUGUUGACAUUGAGUUUAGCUACAUAAAACCUUUUAUUUCAUUACAGGACAGAAUUUCCCCCUAUUUUCCCCAUGUUUCAUUGACCCUGGAUUACAUCAACCAAAGCAGCUUUCUGUUGGUUUCACCUCCUCAGACAUGCUAGCAAAAGUUUGAAGACAAUAACAAGUUUUUGGCAAGAUUUUGUUGUUUGACACGACACCCAUCAAAUCGGUUGGAGGUCAUACCCAUGAUGCAAUGUUUUAUGGCUUGUCAAAUGCUGUCAAAAAGUUUCUGUGACUGUAUGAGCAACAACUUGUUUGCUUCAUAGGCUUUUGAAAAGUAACAAUUUUGCACUUUUGCAUUUGACAACUGUAUCAAUAAAAAAGUGGAAUCAC